AUUGAUUGACGAAAGGAGUCCAGACGCGUACUAUUUCCAUUGAUAAUCAUAUUUUCCCAGGCAUUGGUUUUGCGAUGAUCAUGGUAUCAUUUCUGGUGUCGAUUUACUACAAUGUAAUCCUGGCGUGGAGUAUAUAUUACCUUUAUCACGCAUUCAAAACUGAUAUUCCCUGGGUCGGGUGUCACCAUACCUGGAACACGGACCAGUGCUACGAGCUAAACACCACAAAUGUGACAAACUCAAACACGGCAUCUCCCAGCAAGGAGUUCUUCACACACAACGUUCUCGAAAUGACUGAUGGGAUCGACAAUCCUGGUCAUUUGAACCCUAAGCUGGCCGCUUGUUUGUUUGUGGCCUGGGUUUUAGUAUAUCUCUGUAUCUGGAAAGGCAUUCGAACUACAGGAAAGAUUGUGUACGUCACAGCUGCGUUACCUUACGUGUUCUUGGUGAUUCUUUUCAUCCGAGCAAUUACGCUGCCGGGGUCUAUAGACGGCAUCAUGUAUUACGUCACACCAGUUUGGACCAGACUUACAGACCCGAAGGUAUGGAUCGAUGCCGCAUCACAAAUUCUCUAUUCACUGACAAUCGGUUUUGGAGUUCUGAUAGGAUUUGCUAGCUACAAUAAAAAAGAAAAUGAUGUUUACAAGGACGCCUUGUUCAUCUCACUCGUCAACUGUGGUACAAGUGUGUUCUCGGGAUUUGUGGUGUUCGCUGUAGUUGGUCAUAUGGCGCAUAUACUUGGGAGCACCCCGGCAAAAGUGGCCUCGCAAGGUCCCGGACUAGUGUUCAUCGUUUACCCAGCCACCUUAGCACAGCUUCCUGUGCCCCAGAUCUGGUCAGUGGUCUUCUUUCUGAUGCUUAUAACCUUGGGCCUCGAUAGUCAGUUUGGACAAGUUGAAGUAGUGGCUGCUGCUAUUAUAGAUCUAUAUCCGGAACAUCUACAAAGAUACAGAGAGGCUGUUGUACUUGCAGUGUGCCUGGUGAUGUUUGUUCUGGGUUUGCCUUGCGUGACACAGGGUGGCAUUUACGUGUUCAAUUUACUUGAUUCGUUCUCUGCUGGUAUCUCACUGCUAUUUUUGGUGCUGUUUGAAUUGCUUGUUGUUGGCUGGAUUUAUGGCACAAAAAGAUUUGCCAGCAGUAUCGAGAGAACUACAGGACGCCGUGUAUCCAAGUGGUGGAUCAUGUGUUGGAAGUUCAUCACUUUCUUGAUGGUGAUUGGAAUCUUUGUGUUUAGCGUCGCCAAGUACCAACCUCCGGCAUACGAGGGCAAAAAAUACCCCAAAUGGGCAGAGGGUUUGGGUUGGAUCAUAGCCUGUUGUUCUAUGUCGUGUAUACCCAUCACCGCUGUCCGUGUACUUUGUGAAGCUGAAGGCUCAGCCUUUGAGCGACUUCGAAGUACGAUCUUUAAAGAGGAGAUUUCUAACGAAACAAACAGUAACAAGCAAGAAAGCGGGUCUCACCACACGAGCAAUGCAUAGCAAGCUCAUUGAAAACACCACACGACACUUGAUUUACGUGCAGAUAUACCAUUUUGUGAAGAAUUCUAAGCUGGCCCUCGAGACGGUUCGUUUAUAAAGGCAUCCUUGCAUCAAUCAUGUUAACAAAAUAACCCGUGACAAGCUAUAAACCAAUAAAGAAACAGAACCAACCAAAAGAGGUGUGCUUGAUAACGUUAAUGUCGAACACAUUGGGUGGACAUUGAAUCAUUCCGAUAGCAUUAAAAAUGAAGUAAUAAGGUUGACCUCUUAAGGCACGAAAUGGCGUACAGA